AUGCUUCAGCCCCGCGGCGACGACACCCCCGACCGCUGUCGAAGGUCGAAGUCGACCUCGUCUUCCCGCGCAAUGCCAGCACCUAUAAGCCCAUUUGGCCCUUCAACUUCCUCUUCGGCGUCCGCAACGCCUCGCAGCACUGGCCGGACAACGAGAAUUACUACAGCUUUUGGGCCAAGUGAGACCUCACGGGGUACCCCACAUCAAAGACGCCGACACGGGGCAAGCUCUUCGGCUCGGGCGUCUGGCAGACCGAGGCCAAGAACAAGAUCUCGGACACGUACACCAUCAUCGACGCCUCGAGCUGGGACCUGGUAA